AUGGGAAAAUCCUUGACCCUGAUCCAGAUCCAAAUCCCCAUCCAGGUUUUGAUCCUGAUCCUGGUUUUAGUUCUGAUCCUGGUUCUUAUCCUGAUCCUAGUUCUGAUCCUGGUCCUGGUUUUAGUUCUGGUCCUGGUCCUGAUCCUGAUCCCAAUCCAAGUCCCUGUCCAGGUUUUGUUUCUGAUCCUGAUCCUGGUCCUGGUUUUAGUCCUGAUCCUGAUUUUAGUUCCGAUCCUGGUUUUGAUCCUGAUCCUGGUCCUGGUUUUAGUUCUCAUCCUGGUUCUGAUCCUGGUCCUGGUCCUGGUCCUGGUUUUAUUUCCGAUCCUGGUUCUGAUCCUGAUCCUGGUUUUAGUCCUGAUCCUGAUCCUGAUCCCAGUCCUUGACCCUGAUCCAGAUCCAAAUCCUCAUCCAGCCGCCUUCGUGCUGCAGGUGACCUCCAGCUGCUGGCUGACCACCGACGGUUCCUUGGUGGCCACCAACGGCUCGCAGGACCUGGAGGUGGCCCUGUCCCGGAUGCCGCUGGUCUGCGGCGACCUGCGGGGACCCCGCGCUGGCCCAUGCCAGCAUGGAGGACCCUUGGGGACACUUGGGGACAUCCUGGCGCAGAGGUUGGCCCGCGACGGCCGCUGGCAACGGCGGCUGCGGCAGCGGCAGCGCCUCUGCCAGGAGCUGCCCAAGAUGGUGUGGCCACCGCUGAGAGCGCCGCCGCGGCUGCGCAUCGUCCCCGAGCGCUGGGGGGCCGCGCUGGCCCUGACGUGCCACGCCUGGGGCUUCUCCCCGGCCGACAUCACCCUGAGGUGGCUCCGCAACGGCGUCGUCCCCGACGGCGCCGCGGGUGACGCCGCGGGCGACAACACGCGUGACGCCGCGGGCGACGCCGCGGGACCGUGGCGGGCGCUGCCGGUGGGGGACGGAACGUUCCGGGCGCAGGUGACGAUCCAGGUGCCACCGGGGACGUCCGGGGACACCUUGGAGUGCCUGGCGCUGCACCCCAGCCUGGAGGAACCGCUGCGAGUCACCUGGGGUGAGGAGAUCGGGGGCAAUUUGGGGGUUUUUGUCGCUUUUUUUACUUUUUGUCUCAUUUUGGUCUCACUUUUGUCACUUUUAUUUUUACCCCAUUUUCUCCCUGCAGGUUACUCCCCACUCCCCGGUGCCACCCACGCAGGUUACUCCCCACUCCCCGGUGACACCCACGCAGGUGAGGGACCCCAAUUUUACUUAAUUUUACUUUUUUUCCCCUUUUUUCCCCAUUUUUUCCCCCAUUUUUUAUCAUUUUCCCUUCCCAGGCAGCAUCUGAGGAUCCUCCCAGGACAAUGACGGCGACGAGACCCAAAAACCCCGAAAAUCACCCCAAAAAUCUGCCCCAAAACCCCCCCAAAAUCCCCAAAUUUCCCUCAAAAAUCCCCCUCAAAUCCCAUAAAA